AUGACAGAGGAAUUGAGCAAAUGGAACACUUUUGAUAAAGUUGUUGCUGUGGUAACGGAUGACGGAGCAAAUAUUAAAGCUGCAGUUAUGCUUAUGAAACUGAGUCAUGUGCCUUUUACUGCACUCAAACUAAACUUAAUCAUUCAACAGUACUGUUGUCUGAUAAUGAAGAGACUAGACGCGUUACUAAUACAAAUAAAAAAGAGUGAAGUUGCAAAUAGAAUGUUAAUGGAUAAACAAAAACAGCUUGGUAAUGAAACGGUACUAAAAUUGAAGCAAGAUAUACGUACUCGGUGGAACAGCAGAUUUUUCGUAAUGGAAAUGAUUACGAAGCUAAAGGAACCAAUUAUUUAUAUUGUAAUGAUAACAUUAAAAAAUACUCCAUGUCAUCUAAAUUCUGACGAAUGGAAUAAAAUUGAAGAUAUAGUACCAUUAUUAAGGCCAUUUGAUGGAGUAACUGUUGAGCUCUCUGCAAAACAAUAUCCUAAGAUUUUAACAGUUAUUUCAUUAAUACGAGGUUUGCAAAUUUCAUUGGGAUCAAAAAAUCCAACAAUGUUACUGGGAAAUUGUAUAAAACAAAGACUGAUAGAAGAUACUGCUAAGCGUUUUGAGAGUAUAGAAAAACAAGGAUUAACAUCGAAUUUUUCUAGAGCCACAUUGUUGGACCGAAGGUGCAAGAAAAACAAGCUACACAAGAAAUGGAUAAAAAUGAAGAAGUCGAUAAUGUGUGGAAUUUUUUGCAAUUUAGAGUCACGAACAUCGACAACAAGUAGUGCUACAUCCUUAAUGAAUCAGUACAUAAAUAUGCCUCAUCAAGAUUUUAAGAGCAAUGUGGCUAUGUUUUGGAACGAACACAAGGUUGUAUUAACUCCACUGAGUGAUAUUGUACUUAAGUAUUAA